GCUAUGGGAUCAUUUAUCUGAGUAGGAGGAGAGCACACAGAAAACAGCCUUAUCUUAUGACACUGACGCUUUUGGUGUUGAGCAGGUCAACUCACCAGAAGAAAUAAGGAGCUUGAUGUAAUAUCUGAAUAAAGCUAUUGAUAUAAGAGUACAGGAAUGGGAAUGUGGACUAAUUUCUGCUAUGGGAUUUGUACCAUUUUCCUUUUAUUUAACUGGGUCUGGCAGUCUGUGGGAGCAUCAACUAUAGAGCGACUCCCACCUCCUACCAAUAUCACUUUCCAGGUGAAUAUGUUUGCUGUUGAAUGGAAAUGGAAGAAACCUGAAAACCUUGGAGAUUAUACAUAUUGUACUGACAAAUACAAAUGUGAACUUUUGAUAGGAGGUUCUAUGCACAAAACGCAUGACAACUGUCCCUCGAAUUGGAAGAUAGAUUUUGGAUCGGUUGACUUAAACCAGGCAAUUGGUUUAAAUGUUAUGGUUUAUCCUCACUGUAACGGCUCUAAAGUCAUCAAGUGGUCAAGUAAAACUAUACAUUUGGCAAAAGGUGAUCCAGGGACAUCAGUGACCAACUUCACCUGUGUUUGGUACAACAAGGAAUACAUGAACUGCACAUGGCUACCUGGAAAACAUUCCCCUCCUGACAAAAAAGUCACCUUAUAUUAUUGGUUGGAAAAUUCUGCAGUCAAAGAAAAUCUGUUUAAUUUGACACAAAUUGAGCCGUUAUUAAGUAGUGGAGCAACUUGCCCACAGUAUAUUUAUGAGAAUGGAGUUCCUCUUGGUUGCCAUUUCAAAGCCCAUCACGCACCUAAAGACGACAACAAAUAUCGCAUGAUGGUUACAGACAGCUCGCACACCAUUCGACCGUACAUUGCUGAAGUGAGGGUUAUAGAUUUAUUAAAGCUCAGACCACCAACCGUUAAUGCUACAAGAACAGUCAACAGCAGCAUUUUAAUCACAUGGAACCCAUCUGAUGCAGUCCCUAUUCGCUGCUUAACAGCUGAUGUCGAAGUUACCGCUUCAAACAGUGCAAAGCCUGACAAUUCUUUGGUCCCAGCGGCUCUCCGGAAAGAAAUACCCAAUGUUCUUCCUGAUGUGGACUACACUAUAAGAGUACGUGUUAGUGAAGAAACAUUUUGUGGAAAAAUCAACUGGAGUGACUGGAGUGAAAAGAUGACCCUCUUAGGUGAAAGAUCAAAUAAUACUUUGUAUAUUGUUUUGCUGAUCUUGACUCCUCUGGUAGUUACUGUGGCUACAAUUGUUCUUCUUAUUUACUUGAAAAGGUUGAAGAUCCUUGUUUUCCCACCAAUCCCGAAUCCUAGAAUAGCUCUGAAAAACAGUUUUGGAGAUCCUGCUGAAUUCCAGCAAUGGAUAAAAUACGGCAAAGUACCAGUCUGCAAUAAAACCCCGAAAGAAGAGAUAUGUUCUGUGAUUUUGUUAUAAAGUCCUGUGUGCUCUUCCAACAUGGAAUAAUGUUUAUGUUCCUGUUUCACUCAAGUGGAAAAUGUGAAAACAACUUUCUAUUCUUACUCUUUAGUUUAUAUUUGGUGCCCGUGGAAUCUAAACACAAGAUGUUUGAAUAAUGACUUUACUACCUAACUGCAGAGAAAUUGUGCUUGACCACAAAUGUGUAGUAUGUGGAAUAAAAUGGGAAGAGAGAUGUCAAAAGGUUUCUUGGAAGCAUGUUACAUUAGCUUGGCAAUGCUAAAACCUGGAUGUGUAGGUGAUGUGUGUUUGAAGCAAGCACCAUAAGCAAUUUAUUAGCCCAUGACUACACAAGCAUUCUAGGCCAUGACUACGGAAACAUACUAGGCCAUGACUAUGGAAACAUACUAGGCCAUGACUACGGAAACACACUAGGCCAUGACUACGGAAACACACUAGGCCAUGACUACGGAAACAUACUAGGCCAUGACUACGGAAACAUACUAGGCCAUGACUACGGAAACGUACUAGGCCAUGAAGUACAGAAGCACAAAUCAUAUAACUUGGGACUACUUUUGCCAAAUUUUAUUAAUUGUCUCCUUUCUUUCUCUGAGACGCACAAACAUAUUGCUUUAUGUGAAUUUUUAUGAAGUUUGAAAUUUUGGGGGGAAAAUAUUAUCAGCAGUUGAGAUAGUGAACUAGUGGCCCGAUGAUCUAAAGUUCUCUUCUCAGGCGAGAUGCUCUAAAAAGUCUCUUAAGUAGCGAGGUCCCUCAAGGAAUUUUAGAAACUUACAUUUUACCUUAUGAGAUGUUUAUCUCACUGUGCUGGCUUCUGCAUAUUAAGAAAAACACCUACGAUAUUGUGGGAUUUCUCUCUAUAAAUUAUAUAAGCACAUGGGGAAAAGUAGUUAGUUUUUCUCUUAAAAUACUCUGCUAAGCUGGAGAUGUGCAAUAUUAAAGAAAGGAAAUCCAAGUUGUUAUCCUUGAGAUUUGGGAUCUGUCUUGUCUUGAAAUGAUCUCCUUUGCUUAUGUUUCUAUUUGUGAUACUCUGUUCUUCUGAUGUGCUUUUUUUUUCUUUAGAAAGCAAUGCCAGACAUAUGGGCCUUUGUGAAAACAGAGUGUUUUUGUGAACUCUGCUUGUUGGAAAGAGGACUGUAAAUCAGUUGCAAAUUUAAAUAUCAUUUUUGCCAGUUAUGACACAAAAGUAAAAAUGUAUUUUUUUAGCCUAGUUAUAUGUAUAUUUUUGUAAUUUGUUUUUACAUUUAACUGCACAAAUAGCAUACAUGUACCAAUACAUAGCAGAGACGUGCUAUGGCAUUUUGUAAAUAAUUGGAAUGGCAUUGUUGUAUUCUUCAUGGAUAGUAUAUUGAAUUAUAAAUAUUCUGCUAUUGCUGUGUACCGUUGUUAAAGAGACACUGUACUAUAAAUAUCCUCUAUUUUUGUGUUCUCAGUAAUACUUUUUACUUGCUGAAGCAUAUUAAAUGUUUACAAAUAUCA